GUGGGCGGUCUAUCAAGAAGACAGUUAAUAGAAGCUUAUUAAACAUUUUGUUUUUCAUUCCUACAAAUACAUUGUAAAACAUAAAUUUGCCUUUACCAUUUGGACAAUGGCACUAACUAAUAUUUUGCUUCUUAGCCAAAUAUCCGGUUAUGUCGUAGCUCUUGUUUUGUCACUUUGCAUUAUUAUACCUAUGAGUUUGCAUCAGGACGAAUUUAGAGGACAUUGUCUAUUGUUUUCAACAGGAACAUGGCAAGAGUCUGAUGGUCAGUUUGUAAUAAAUUGGGCUCCACAAUCUUAUUGUAAUUAUACAAUAUUUGUCGGUUUAAUGUUACUAUUAACAUCUGCUAUACAAAUAUACAGACUUUCUAUACUUAUGUAUCGUGGAGAAGACAGUUCUUUCUUGUCUGCAUUCAUAGAUGUUGUCAGUUCAAUAUUUCUUACACUAAUUACCUUAGUUGCUGCAAUUUUUAUUACACUUGGAUUUAUGACUUGGUGUCAAUGUAUGACCAAGAGAUUUCCAUCAUGUGAAUUAGCAGCUGGAAAUGAUAUAGAUAAAGCUGAUGGAAUAGACACAUCUGGUUUUUAUAUUGAAUUAGGUGCAGCACAAUUUGGCACUUGGACAAGUUUAUCCAUUUGGGUUGGUCUAUCUGUUUUUGCAGUAUUAAAGUUGUUACGAUACCAUCAAUUAGAAAAUAUGAAAGUUUCAAUGUAUAGAGAAAGACAAAGAUUGAUAGAAGCAGACAAAAGUAAUGAAAUACAAGAAUCAACUUAAAAAUAUGAACAUGUAAAAAUCUUCAAUAUUAAGAUGGUAGUAUUUUUUUAUCCUACUAUUCUUAUUCUCCAGAGAAAUAUUUAUACCCUGUGGAAUCAGUUUUACAAACGCACAGUCCAUUACCAAUAUAGUUUCAAUAGUGUAACAUGACCUAAAAUAACAUUUCAAUCUAUUAUGGAGCUGAAUAACUAUAUUGAUUGAAACAAGCAAUUAUAGUUACAACAAUAUGGGAUAUGCUUAAA